AUGCAGCGCCGGUGGCAAUCGUCCGGCUCCGGCUCCGGCGGCGUCGACCCCAGAAUGACGGAGAACGAAUUUGUUUCGGAAGACACCACCGGCCUUCAGUCGGAGCUCGUGCAGGAGCUGGAAGGCGAGGGCAACUUAUCGAUGGACGCCGCCAUGUCCCAGCCGCUCGCGAAGGCGGACCUGCAAACACCGACGGCGCGCAUUCGUCUUGAGAAGAUUGAGCGUCCACCGGGCCGCUUCGACAUACUGACCAACUCGCUUGUGUACCGUUGGCUGACGACGGCUGCGCAGGCACGGAAGGUGUCGGGGCCGAUGCGAGAGUGGGCGUCCGAGCUGAAGUACAGAACCGGCGUGCACGUGGAGGUGGAGCCGACCUUCCCGGAUCGACUCGUCGUGCCAGAGACGGAGGGCGGCUACGCGAACGCGGACGAGGUGGAGCUGACGGUGUAUUUGUUUGGCAGCGAGCGCGGUAUCUUCAAUUGUCGGCAGUUGAUGGAAGCGGCGCUCGAUCAAGAUCCCGCCUACGUACGCCUGGGCGUCUUCCGUCGUAAGCCCGGCAAGACUGCAAGCGUGAAUAGCAGCGGCAGCGCGAGCAGCAGCAGCGGUGGUGGUGGUGUGACCAUCAACCGGAAUGAGGAUAUCGAGUGGCUGAUGCUGCGCCGCAUCAACCGCGACCUUCGCCCGCCGGACAUCCCGCCUAUCUCGCUCAAGCUACCGGGCAAGUGGACGCUGCUGUUUGAGCACUACAGGGAGGCCGCCGUGCGGACUCUUUGGGAGGAGACCGGCAUCACGGUGGACCCGAACACUGUCUAUCCAACGGCGUGUCUCAACCAGAGCAACCCUACCUUCUACUGGCGUGUCCCGGUGCACUACUUCGUGGCGGAAGUGCCGUACGAGGUGGAGGUGCUGGGUCCGCAGGUGGGGCUCAACACGUACAUGCACCACUGGGAUGCACAGCUGCUCCGGCAGUCGCCGGACCCCAUUGACCGCGCCUGGGCGCAGUUGGCCAACCCCGAGACGGGCUGUGCGUGGAUGAAGGUGCCGAUGAUCAACGAGCUGCAGCGACCGCUGCGCGGCGAGGACUACAUGGCGACCCGCUACACGCCUCCGCCGUACUCUGGGCUGAAUAGCGUCUUGGGCUUCGCGGUGCCUGCGUCGGAGGUCGCCGCUGCUGCUGGCGGUGCCGCAGGUGGUGCCGAUGCUGAAGGGGCGGCAUCCACAACUGCGGCGACGGAGGAAGUACAGGAAGAAAAACCAACAGCCGACGCCACCCCCACGGAGACGCCACAGUCCGAGCCCACUCCUUCUUCGUAA